AUGCCUCCUCUACCAUCUGCGUACCUGCACCUCGAUACCGCAGAAAGUCAAGUUUCGCAUAGCUUGCGCGAAGCAGGAGUUCGCCAUGACAUCGAUAUCAUCACUGAGAGGGAUGCCAGGGAUGUGCUGAGCGAGAUCCCAGAGCUCACUUGGUCGCUAGAUGAGGGCUGUUGGAAAUACUCCUAUCGGAACUUUCAGGCAAGCAUUUCCGCCUCUACACCCGGGGGUGGACCUUGGAGCAUUCCCAGUCCUCGAAACACGGGCAUACAUACCAUUCAUCCCGACGAUGUUCCAGAUCGCUCGAUCUAUGUCAAAAUCGACAUCAUUCACCCGUCGGUUCUCAUUUUAACCAAACUGAAGGCCUGGAACAACGCCGAGAUGUCUCACGAUCCCUCUGUGCAUAUGCGCAACCGUGCCCACCUUAUGGAUAUCAUGAGUGCGUUGCAGUGGUUGUCGGAUGAGGAAAUGCGAAUUAAAUUCGAGGGGCACCCAGGGGUCCCGAAGGAAGAGUUCUUGCAGUUACUUUGCAAGCUCUACAGACGCCAUCAUCAAGCACGACCCUAUCUGUCUGUAGCUCUGUCCUUCAACGACAUGCGAGACGCCUUGAACUCUCCGCAUUAG